CGCUUUUGCAAAGCGUCCUAAGCUGACGUCACCCCCGGUGAGCAUAGCCGGCAGUAUUGAAGUGAAGUCUUGAGUUGUCUUCUUCACCACUUUGUAUUUUCAAAUAGCCUUUUAAAAACUACUUGCAAAUACAAUGACUUUCGAUGUCAGGAGGUUUGAUAUUUACCGGAAGGUACCUAAAGACCUGACGCAGCCCACAUACACAGGAGCCUUCAUCUCCGUCUGCUGCUGUGUUUUCAUGCUCUUCCUCUUCCUGUCUGAGCUCACCGGAUUCAUAGCGACAGAAAUAGUGAAUGAGCUCUAUGUGGAUGACCCUGACAAAGACAGCGGGGGGAAGAUUGAUGUGAGUUUAAACAUCACUUUGGCAAACUUGAACUGUGAUCUGGUGGGGUUGGAUAUUCAGGAUGAAAUGGGCCGUCAUGAGGUUGGCCACAUUGAUAACUCGAUGAAGCUUCCCCUGAACAGUGGCUACGGCUGCCGCUUCGAAGGGAAGUUUAGCAUCAACAAGGUGCCUGGAAACUUCCAUGUGUCAACGCACAGCGCCACCGCCCAGCCACAGAGCCCUGACAUGACGCACGUCAUCCACAAACUGGCCUUUGGGGACAAACUACAGGUUCAGAAUGUUCAAGGAGCCUUCAAUGCUUUAGGAGGAGCGAGCAAGCUGGAGUCAAACCCUCUGGCUUCCCAUGACUACAUCUUGAAGAUCGUUCCCACCGUGUACGAGGACAUGAGCGGGAGGCAGAGGUUUUCCUACCAGUACACUGUGGCCAACAAGGAGUACGUGGCCUACAGCCACACGGGCCGGAUCAUCCCCGCCAUCUGGUUCCGCUACGACCUGAGUCCCAUCACCGUCAAGUACACGGAGAGACGACAGCCCCUCUAUCGCUUCAUCACCACGAUCUGCGCCAUCAUCGGUGGAACGUUCACGGUGGCCGGUAUCAUCGACUCCUGCAUAUUCACAGCCUCUGAGGCCUGGAAAAAGAUACAGCUGGGGAAGAUGUCAUGAGCCUCCCUUCCACUGGGGGCCCCGGCGAGCUCACACUCGACCCUCCUUAUUUAUAUCAUUGGGACCUGUCCGACUGACACCCCCCUCCUCCCUGUCCCUCUCUCUCCCCCCCGCCUCCCCACCUUCUUUUAUUUUCCGUUAAAGUGGGGGUACGUUGGGGGAGAGAAAAUGCUGAGACAUUCUUGUCAUCGUCUUUUGUCAUCUAAAUGUGUUUCUGACUGAAAUCAUUGUAUUGAGAAUUUCUCAUCCAUGCAGAUGCAAUAGUCCUGUCUGUUUGUGUCAUGGUCCUCAAGAUUGUAAUUUGCCAAAGUAAAGCCGCAUUAACCUGUGACAAAUCCGUUGGCUGUACAGAUUGUUCAAGUGCAUUCAGUCUGUCUGUGAUUGUGCUGGAGUGUAGAACUCCUUCAUGCUCAAUAACAAUCAUCACCACUCCUAUCUGUUUGGUGUUCAUGUGACAGCCAAUCAGGAGCGCGGCCAUGCAGCAUCCAUGUGAUCUACGAACACGUAUCACAUGAUUGCAUGACGCCUGCAUGGCCGCGCUCCUGAUUGGCUGUCAUAUCAACACCCAGUAUAUAAGGAGAGAUGUUUUUCCAGAAUCAUUAGACAUGGCCUCAGAAGUUUGGAGAUUCACUAGCAUAUCAGGUAUGAUUACAUUUUUUUAAAUUAGAAAAGCAACCUGAAAUGCCGCAUAGAGACAAUGAUUGUUACCGCGUUCAAAAAAUACUUUGAGUAUCACGAUGGUUUAUUGCCCAGUCCGAAUUAUCAGAGCCUGUACUUUUACGCCAGGUGUUUGUGAUGAGAACUGCACGUGCUUUUGCUCUCCAAUUUUUCAGCGUCCUCGUCCCAAGCCGCCAUUUCCUGUAUAUUGUGUUAUGAGCCUCCACUAUGAAUGAAGGACUUUCUCAUUGUUCUUUUUAAAGAGAAGCUAAAUACCUGCCACUUUCAGAAGAGACUGACUCAAAGCAAAUAACAACACGCAAUUUGUAUUUCUAUUUGUAUUACAAAUACCCCUGAAAUUUGCAAAGAAAAGACUGAAUGGAUAUCUGAUUUAUAUAACUGUAAAAUAUGUGCCACCCCCCAUACAGACAAGUGAUUCCAUCCUUGAUCCUGCCUUCAAGGAGGCUAGGCAGAGAUUCUGCAGACAGGCACGAUUCAGAGAUGGCUGAAGUUUUGAAUUUUGUAGUUUUCGAACGGCAUGGCAAAUGGAGGUGUCUGCCUAUGCCAUGGUUAGGAGGGCUUGCUUAGCUAUCGCUCGGUCACAUACUCUGCUGUACUGAGUACCGUGUAAUUGCAUCAGUGUAGAACCGUUCGGUUUUUCUUAUCACGUUUGUGUAAAUCCUCUGGAUUUUUAUAGUAAUAUCAAUGUCGAAUCAUUAGGAGUUGAAACCACAGGCAAAAUUACUUUUUUGGACCAACCUUUAUUUUUAUUCACGAAAUCUGUAUUGACUGUGUCCCAUGAUUUUUUUCUUCUCCUUUUAAAAUAUUUUUUGAGAACUACUGAUCAUUUUUUUAGGCCUUGAAACUGUCCCUUCUGCUCUCGUUUGUGGGUUUUGGGUGCAGAUGAAAGAUUUAUUUGACAUGAAUAGCGACCAACUAAAAUGUAUGAAAUGCAUACAUUAUAGAAGGGCACACAUUACACAGCUGAGACCUGUAUAUGCCCCUUAGCAGUGUAAUAUAAAACCCAUCCCUGAGAAAGUGCAAGUUAAUGAACUUAAAGAUGGUACCUAUUGACUAUAGGUUUGUGUGUGUAUAUAUAUAUAUAGUUACACACACACAUGAAUACCUAUGUCAUUUUCUCAGAAUAAUUUGUGAGUAACCCACUGUUCUACAAUUGAGAAUAUUCUCACAUGGAUACAGUUCAGAAUGAGAGUUUUAAGGGAAGUUUUUGGCGACUGAAUUUCCUCUUUUCGUUCACCCCGCGUGCAUUAACCUCUCUCUGACUGGGAGGGAAAUUGUGCCAAUGAAGCAGUAGUGUUCAAGGUUCAGGGACGGCGAACGUGUCGCCGCGUGCAAAGGUCCCUACUUUUCUGUGAUUCUGCGCUGGCCUUCCUCCCUCCCAACAGUGCGCCUCGUCUCGCCAACGAGGGCCGAGAGACUGAACGCCUCCCCCCUCCCCGCCCCCCGCCCCCCGCCC